AUGGCUCUCCUAGCAGAGCUCUUGACAACACCCUACUUAAUCCAGGCUCUGUGCGUGGCUGUCUUCGUCUUUUUCAUCUCCAGCUUCUGGCAGGAUCUGGCUGAUGAGAUCCCUUACGGACGGGUGCCCCUAGUCGGCAAGAAAUGGUGGGACCUGUCGAAUAAAAAGGCCAAAGCACGGUUCGCCGAGGCCGCAAGAGCUCUGAUCGCGGAGGGAUUCGCCAAGGGCGUCAGCGUCUUCCAGGUCAUGGCGACAACACGGCCACUGAUCGUCUUGCACCCCAAAUACGUCGAUGAGAUCAAGAGUCACCCUCACUUGGACUUUGAGCUUGCCACGAAGAAGGUAGGUUACACCAUCUUCAUCACAUCAAUCGCCCAGAACAUGGGCACAGAACAUCAGACUGACCAUAGCCAGAACUUCUUCGAGGAUCGAAUCGCCGGGUUCGAGGCUUUCCACCCCGCCGGUGCUUCGAGGGUAAUCCUGGACACGGUGCGAAUCAAGCUAACCCAAGCACUCGAAUGGACUUCAUACAACUUCUCCCACAAAGUCCCGCACAUAAUCGCCCGCCUGUCCACCCUCGUCUUCAUGGGCGAGACCGUCUGCCGCGACCCAGCUUGGCUCGACGUCUCGGUCAACUACACAAUCGACGCCUUCCUCGCCGCCCGCGCCCUGCGCAUGUGGCCCUCCGUGCUCCGGCCCCUAGUCCACUGGUUCAUGCCAAGCUGUCAAAAGCUGCGGCAGCAUUUUGCCGUCGCGCGGGCCAUCGUUGCCCAGGAAAUUGAGAAUCGCACCCUCGCCAAAGAGGGCCAGCUUGCUUCGGAGAGUGCGCCGCGCCGCGCCGAUGCCCUGGAUUGGCUGGAUGAACUAUCCACGGCGUAUGGGUCGGUGUCUGAUCGGCCGCGUGAGCAGGUCGGAUUGGCGCUGGCGGCGAUUCAUACUACGUCUAAUCUGCUGACGAACGUCGUGUAUGAUCUUGCGGCGUAUCCGGAGUAUAUUGAGCCGCUGCGGGAGGAGAUCAAGGCUGUUUUGGCGGAGGAUGAGUCGUUGAAGAAGACCAGUUUGCUGAAGCUGAAGCUUAUGGAUAGUGUUAUCAAGGAGUCGCAGCGAAUUAAUCCCGUGAGCAUCGUAUCCAUGAACCGCGCCGCCCUGGCCCCAAUCCCCCUCUCCGACGGCACAAUAAUCCCGCGCGGCGCCACCAUCGCCGUGUCCGCACACAUCAACGAAGACGACUCCGUCUACCCCAACGCCUCCGUUUACGACGGCUUCCGCUUCUACAAAAAGCGACAGGAACCGGGCCACGAGCACCGGCACCAACUCGUCACUACGACGAGCGAGAACUUUGGCUUCGGGCAUGGACGACAUGCGUGUCCGGGCCGGUUUUUCGCGGCUAAUGAGACGAAGAUCCUGCUGGUGCAUUUGUUGUUGAAGUAUGACUGGAAGUUUAAGAGUGUGGUGGGGAGACCGAGGAAUUUUGAGGUUGGGACGGAGAGUAUUGCGGAUCCGAGUGUUGAGUUGUUGUUUAGAGGGAGGGUGCCCGGGGUGGAUCUUAGGGCGUUGGGGGAGUAG